UCAUCUCCAGACAGUGGUGAAGAUGUCACGCUUACUUGCGAAUUUGACGGUUUUCCAACACCGGAAAUAAAAUUCCAAAAAGAUAGUAUUGAACUGAACACUAGUGACGUCACUAGCGGAGCAGGUUUUGCUUCAUACAAGUUUCGCGUGAGAAGUCAAGGUGAUUUUGGAUUUUACUCGUGUGUUGCUACAAAUAGCAGAGGAAGUGAGACAUACUACAUGGAGGUAUACGAAAGAGGCCCGCCCGAGCCUCCAAACAACGUUCAAGUGUUUCCGACUUGUGACAGGAUUGACGUUACAUGGGAAGCGUCACGCAAGGAUGGUGGAAGUGCCGUGACAGGCUACAUGAUUAGACUCCAGCGGGGAGAGGAAACAGUACAAUCAGAAUCCCUUUCGACCUCACAACAAACCACAAGUCUUGGAAGUCUGGAGAAGGGAACAGAAUACGAAGUUCAAAUAAGUUCCAGAAAUGCUCUGGGCGAGGGAGAGUGGAGGGUGGUUUUUGUCAACACUACUGUGACAUGUACAGGAAGACACACAUCUUCAGCGAGCAAGUUGUCGCUUGUUCCGUUGAUGAUUAUGAACGUCUAUGGCGUACUUUGAAGAGGGAAGAAAACCUCGCGGAAGAACAGCAGCCAUGACCUGUCUUAAGCGUAAACGGCAUGUUAAGGGACAUCAUAACUGCUUAGUGG